AAUGAAAAAUGGCGGCAAAAGACUUGAGAUUAAGAGACACCACUAGGGCAACUUCAGUUACAUUUCGCGUCCUCAAAUUUGCAUUUUUUUGGGGGGCUUAAACUCUCGAUUUUAUUUUCAUUUUCAUUUUCGAUUAUCUUUGCAAAUAUUUUUUUGUUUGAACGAAUAAUCUUCAGAAAAUGGAUUUUAACGUGGCGGAGGAAGAGGAAUUUGGAUUCUCAAGAAACUAUUUCUUAGCAAAAGAAAUGGGCAGUUCUGGGAAGAAAUCUGCUCGUAAACUCAGUGAUAUCAACGUCGUUGACGAACAGGAACUUAGAGAAGCUUCAGCUAAUAUUGAACCAAAGCAUCAAAACGACGUUGCAGAUUUAAUAAAUAGUUACAAAAGUUUAUACCCAAAAUGGGUUUUUGAUCUCAGAUGUGGUUUUGGUCUUCUAAUGUAUGGAUUUGGAUCAAAGAAAUCAUUGAUUGAAGAUUUUGCGUCAACCGCUUUGGCAGAGCAUUCUGUUGUUGUAAUUAAUGGUUACCUUCAAUCAAUCAAUAUAAAACAGGUUAUAAUAGCCUUGGCUGAGAUUCUAUGGGAACAAUUAAAAUUGAAACGGAAGGUUUCAUCCGGGAGUUUGCCUAAAGUUCAACAGCCGUUUAGUUCUCGAUCUAUGGAUGAUCUUUUGGUGUUUUUAGAUGGACCUGAGAUGGAUGAGAAGGAUAGUUUCAUAUGUGUUGUUGUUAACAAUAUCGAUGGACCUGGGUUAAGAGAUACCGAAACUCAACAAUAUCUUGCACGACUUGCUUCUUGUUCUUAUAUCCGUGUUGUUGCCUCUAUUGACCAUGUGAAUGCACCACUUUUGUGGGACAAGAAGAUGGUUCAUGCACAAUUUAACUGGUACUGGUAUCAUGUUCCUACGUUUGCACCGUACAAGGUCGAGGGGCUCUUUUUACCUUUGAUUCUCGCACACGGCAGUAGUAAACAGAGUGCCAAAACAGCUUUGAUCGUUUUACAGAGUUUAACCCCGAACGCUCAAAGUGUGUUCCGGAUCCUCGCCGAAUAUCAACUGUCUCAUCCCGAUGAUGAAGGAAUGGCAAUAGAUAAUCUGUACUCCAUCUCUCGAGAGCGGUUCCUCGUAAGCAGCCAGGUAACGCUAAACGCCCACUUGACUGAGUUCAAAGAUCAUGAGCUAGUUAAGACCAAAAGGCAUUCAGAUGGACAGGAUUGCUUGUACAUUCCUCUCACAAAGGAAGGCCUCGAAAAGUUAUUAUCAGAGAUAAGUUGACAUACAUGUUAUUUUUACUCACCAGCAACACGAACUACCCUGCAAGGAUGGCCUCCGUCCAGGUAAAAACAGGUCAUUUUCCGUAUAAUGGUGGUAGUUUAGUUCGAUUUUGCAUGACUGAAUCUAACAAAAAGACACUUGCAAUGCCUCUUUAGUUUGUUAUUAUGGUUAUGCAUUUAUGUGUUGCUUGAUACUACCAUUUACUCAUGUUGUGUUAUAUGCUUGUUGAAUGGUGGAAUUUAAUCCUUUAAAUUGACUAUAAUUAAACUUUUAUGAAUUUUGACAUAGUAUUGUAAUUGUUUUAUGGUUAAAUUCUGCUAUUAAUCUCUGUA